AUGAUAAAGCAUUACUGUGAGGCAUCUACACAAAUCCCAUCACCACCAACCACAGAAUCUCCCAUCACCACCUUCAACAGAAUCUCCCAUCACCGCCAACCACAAAAUCUCCCAUCACCACCAACAACAGAAUCUCCCAUCACCAUCUACCACAAAAUCCCAUCACCACCAACCACAGAAUCUCCCAUCACCAUCUACCACAAAAUCCCAUCACCACCAACCACAGAAUCUCCCAUCCACCCACCUACCAUCCAGACGCCCACUGGUGUUGAAAAUCCAUGCACUCAACGUCUCGAUAAGCGUCACAGCCGAGAUGUUCCGUAUAUUAAUGUGGAAUUAUGGGCGUUAUCUGCUGGGAAAUCCUUCUGCGAGACGCGACCAGGCCCUCAGUACGUACUACGAGCCUACAACUUCCACCGCGAUGGCACCUUCCACUUGGCACUCCACUUCUACCGCGACCCGCACUGCGCCCACCCCGCCCACUCCCUCGCCGCCCACGGUCACCUCGCCCUCGGCCGCCCCUCCUGGGUCACGCCCGGAGGUACAGAGGCCGAGUAUAUGCUCAGCAGGGUUGAGGUGGUCGCCCACACGCACCGCGACGCUGCCAUGGUUGCCGCCGCCGUCAACGCCUCCUGCCCGGGCAAGGUCACGAAGCCAUGGAAGCCCCACAAAGCCCACACUGUGCUCGCCUACACGGAGACCGGCAACCACGUGACUGAAGACGAGGAUUGUGGGCGUGGCCUCGGAGGGGCGUGGCACGAGCUGCAGCUGCUGAGGGUGGAGGAGACGUCCCCCUCGAAGGCCAAGAAGGACCCCUCGUCCUCCUCCUCGUCCCUAAGAAUGCGUCGGGAGCUGUUUUUAGGCGACGUGCACACCGACCUUAGCAAGCAGGAUAUUUACCGGCCGACGGGCUACCAGCAGCCGCUCCUCAAUACCAAAUAUGUAAGUGUGAAAUUAUUAUUAUUAUUAUUUUUUUUACUUGUAUUUCGUUUUGUUAUCGUUCUUCGGUUCACGGACGUAGCAGCUUCUCCGAUCCAAACGUCUCUCGUUAUUCACUCUUGA